UUGGAUCCUAUUCAUUAUUAUACAACUCCAGGUUUUGCAUGGAAUGCUAUGCUUAGAAAAACAGGUAUAGAAUUAGAAUUGAUAACAGAUAUUGAUAUAUAUUUAAUGUUUGAACAAGAAAUAAGAGGAGGUUCAUCUCAAUGUAGUAUUAGAUAUUCUAAAAUAAAUAAUAAAUAUAUUGGAGAAAAAUAUAAAAAAGAACAAACAGAAAAAACAACACCGACAUAUCUGUUAAAUUUGGAUGCAAAUAAUCUCUAUGGGUGGGGUAUGUGUGAAUAUUUACCAUAUAAAGGAUUUUAA